CUUAACCUGGGGCCAGAUCUUUUCGUUCAAAUCCAUUGGACUUGAUUUCAUCGGACCUCUCAAUAUAAACAUUUUCUUAUGCGGAAGAAUUUAAAUUGUUAGCCAUCUUUUACUUGCGCAACAAUAACGCUUACCGUGCUUACCAUAAUUUAAAGGGUAUGUAUAUGAUAAAAACUACCGUCUGUUGGGUUGGGACUAAAAGAUCAUAUGCUUCCAUCAAUAUGAUUCUAAAUCAAGGAUCUUCACUGUGCUUUCUAUGCUGUAUUCGAUCACAAUGUUUCUCAUCCGUAAACAUUUUAUUAUUAUUAUUAUAUGAAGAAACAAAUGGCUCAGUCCCGCUACUUACUUGCAAAAUCUUGCUUUCAGAUGGAUUUAUUUAAUGAAGCUGUGGCAGCAUUAUGUCCUGCUAAUGAGACAAGUGCAGAGGUUCCAAAUGGCGCAGCUGGUCAGUACCUUCUUGGGCUUAUUCACAGGUACACUGAUAGAAGGAAAAGUGCCAUCCAAGACUUAAAGCAAGCUGUUAUAGAUCCUUUAAUGUGGGCCGCAUAUGAGGGGCUUUGUAUAUUAGGUGCUGCCGAUGGAGCAUCUAUUGUUUUUGGUGAUGCGCCUGCUCUUUGCAUGCAAAAGCAGUUCCUGCAUCGUGGAUCAGCUUCACAACAUAUGCAAGGAAACAAUGAGGAUCAUAACUUAGCUUCUGCGAGGAACUUAGGCUUGGAAGACAGUCCCAGGCAACCGAAACUUAUGCAAGGAAAUAAUUGGUUGGAUGUUGCUACCCCACCUUUGUUUAGAAAUUUCCAGCAAAAUGACCACAAUGCAACCAUGCUGGGUGCUGAUAGCUCUCCUAGGUCACUUAUUUCAAGCAGGGUUCUAUUUGAUUCUGGCACUCAACGGAGUACAAGACUUUCUGGAGAAGCAGUGGCCAAUACCAAUACAGCUUCCACAGUGGUAUCUGGAAAUGGAACUAGCAACUCAUCUAAAUAUCUAGAGGGGUCCAAACGUAGCUCUAUGGCAUUACGUUCUGUAUCAAAUUCAACUUCUGCUUCAUCAGCUUGUGGUGGUGCUAGAUGUCUUAAACUUGAAGAAUUCCCUUUGCCUGUUGGUAUUAUUACCAUGAAUGGUUCUAGAGUCUAUUCUGGAAUGUCAGAAAUAUUGGGCCUUUUGGGAAUUCUUGGGGAAGGAUGCAUUGGAUGUCUAUCUAAAACUUUCGCGGAAGCACCCAGCCCCAGAAUCUUGCAAAGGAAAUUGAUGUGUGGAUGCCAAAAUUGGGAUCUUGAUGGGAAAGUAACUGCUGAAGGAAGUUGAAAUUGCUGCAAUGUACUUGAAAAAUGCAUCAGGCAAGGAGGGUGUCCAGGAACUCAUUAGCAAUCUUUCCAAGAUGGGAAGAUUCUUGCAGAAGAUGUUGUCAAAUUGGGAAGUGGGACAGAAGAUACCAACACAGCUUAAGAAGGAAUGUAGAGGCUCAUAUUGUGUGUGUUGGCAUAUGCUAAUUUUGUAAAAUCAAUGCUGAUAGAUAUAUAAAGAGGAAUAUAACUAGGUAAAAAAAAAUAGAAAAAACAUUAUGGGGCCUUCUUGUUGUUUAGGCUUCCUAACUUGUUAAUUACAAAUCCAAUAUUAGAUUAACAAAUUAUUAGAUUGAAAUAAAGGAA